ACCCUCCGCAUCUCCGACCAUCACAUGGCUUCCUCCGGCCAAGAGAAUGACCGUCGCCAACGUCCAUCCGACUCGGGUCCGGCAGUGUUUCCUUUCCCUAAGUUAACCUAUGAUAGCAUAUCAGCAUAUAAUCUCAAGGAUAGCAUUCUCCUUGAGAUGGCUGGUUUGGAUGGCAUGGGCACGCCGGCAACUAGACAUGCCGUGCAAGAACACCUCAUAACAGCUGCUGCCACAACCGGGACCUUGGUCAGGAAGGGUAUAACUGAGACAAAGGAAAAGGUUUCCGUUGGAAAGAUCAAAAUGGAAGAGGCAGCCAAAAAGACUGCACAAAAAAGCAAGACCAUUUUGACGGACAUCGAAAGGUGGCAGAAGGGAGUUGCCAGCUCAGAUGUGUUUGGUGUUCCGAUUGAGAUCAUUGUCCAGCGGCAAGAGUCAAGCAGGCCUAUACCACUGAUACUGAUUAAAUGCGCAGAUUAUCUCAUAUUAACAGGGCUUAAUUCACCGAACUUGUUCAAAGCCGAAGGAGAUAAAAAGUUGAUUCAACAAUUGGUUUCUGCUUACAAUCAAGUUGUUAAGGUCCUGGAGGUGGUUAAACCUGAUGCUUAUCUAUGGAGACCAAAUCCUCCAAUCUCAUUGAUGAGUGAUGCACUAAAUGAGACCAUCGCAUGGCCUAUUGAUAGAAUACAACUCCUUGAGGUACCAGCAAAUGAUGAAUCAACCAGAAAAUCACCUCAAAGUGCAACUACUCCCAGUGCUACUACUCCCAGCACUGCUAGUAGCAAAGGUGCUAAGCAGAAGUGUUUUCUAUUAGAUAUUGAUAACACUGGGCAGAGAGUUGCAAUAGGUCGGGUGUCUUCAACUGAUCCAGCAGAGAAGGUCCAUCACGUCCCUUUAGGUGCCAACGCUAGCAAGGUCUGGGUAGAGGUUUCCAAGGUUGAGGGUGCACGAGUGUGAAGAGCAAAUUCUGAAGUUAAAUUCAUUGUUGAUGCAAUAGGAACCACUGUGGCUUGGCCUAAUGACAAGAUUAUAUUCAUGUGAUUUGAGUUUGAGUACUUUUGAACUAAGUUUCUAAAAAUGUAAAACUUAUGUUUGACUCUUUUGGAACAAAUAAUUAAUGAAGUAUUUGAUAAACC